AUGUCCUUCCUCGGCGGUGCCGAGUGCUCCACGGGGGCCAACCCGCUCAGCCAGUUCACCAAGCAUGUACAAGAUGACAAGUCUCUACAACGCGACCGCCUGGUCGGGCGCAGACCAGGUGGUAUGCAGGAGGGCAUGCGAAGUCAGCAAAUGGGCGGUCCUUCCGAUGGUAUGAUGAAUGAGUUCAUGAAUCAGAACGUACAGCUCCCACAAGGGCCCGGACCUGCGUCACCCUUUGCCAUGGAGCAGAUGCGUAGAGAAUUAGAGCGAGCCCAGCAUAGCGGAUCGCCAGCAUGGGCAGCCGAGUUCGAUCCGGGCAUGCAGGCUCCCCAAAUGGGCCCAGCCAUGCAAGAGAGACCAGCGGGCUUCAACCCUGCUGAAUUCGCAAAGUUCCAGCAAAUGAAUUCUGCCGCUCGGACCGCGAGCCCUACAACCGCAUCACAGCCUUCCAUGUCGGCGUACCAGCAGCCCAUGUACGGCAUGGGCAUGGGUAUGGGUAUGGGUGGUAUGGGCAUGGGCAUGAUGCAACAGCCAUAUGCACCACAAAACUUUCAACAGCCCGUACAGGACUCAGGAAAGGGAAAAGGACGCAUGGUCGAACUCGACGACCAUGACUGGGAAGCACAGUUUGCGCAGUUGGAACAGACCGACCAACAGAACCUGGACGCGCUCGACGAGGAAGCCAACAAGGCUAUGGAGGCUGAGCUGAACGAAAUGGACAGGUCAGUAGAGAAAGACGCCGUUGACUUCGACGAUUUCGAGUCCGUCUGGAAAGGAAUUCAAGCUGAGACUGAAUACGCUAGGCAACUUGCCAACGAGGAGAGAUUUGUCGAAGGACACAUGGGCGAUCUCGACCAGUGGGAGGGUUUCGAUGGUCUCAACACACAUCCGGUCCGCGACCCGUCUAUGGGCGACUAUCUGUUUGAGCAGGAGAACCUCUUCAAGAAUGUCACAAAUCCGUUCGAGGAGGGUGUCAAAAUCAUGGAAGAAGGUGGAAACUUAUCAUUGGCCGCCCUGGCAUUUGAAGCAGCAGUACAAAAGGAUCCAAACCACAUUGCGGCUUGGGUGAGGUUGGGUGAGGCUCAGGCGCAGAACGAGAAGGAAACACCCGCCAUCCGUGCGUUGGAACAUGCGUUGAAGCAAGACCCCUCGAACCUCGAAGCCCUCAUGGGUCUGGCUGUAUCUUACACAAACGAAGGCUACGAGAGCACAGCAUACCGGACAUUAGAACGCUGGCUAGCAACCAAGUACCCCUCUCUCAUCAAGGAACCGCUCUCGUCAGAUGCCGAGAUGGGCUUCACAGACCGCCAUCUACUCCACGAGAAGGUUACCAAUCUUUUCAUUCAAGCCGCACAAUUAUCGCCGUCUGGUGAGCAGAUGGACCCCGACGUACAAGUUGGCUUAGGUGUGUUGUUCUACGGCGUAGAAGAAUACGACAAAGCCGUCGAUUGUUUCGGCGCCGCCCUCGCUUCCACCGAAUCCGGUGUCUCGAACUCAUCAUCACAAGUCCACCUCCUCUGGAACCGCCUCGGCGCCACCCUCGCAAACUCGGGCCGAAGCGAAGAAGCCAUCGACGCUUACUCACGUGCUCUCGCCCUCCGUCCAAACUUCGUCCGCGCCCGCUACAACCUCGGUGUCUCGUGCAUCAAUAUCGGCUGCUACACUGAGGCAGCACAGCACUUGCUCGGUGCUCUGGCUAUGCACAAGGUCGUAGAGCGAGAAGGCAAAGAGAAGGCGAGAGAAGUCGUUGGCGACGGCGUGUCAGAGAGUCAACUAGACAACAUGAUUCAUCAGAACCAAAGCACAAACUUGUACGACACCCUCCGGAGAGUGUUUGGCCAAAUGGGACGAAGAGACUUGUCGGAUAUUGUAGGGCCAGGCAUGGAUGUCGAGCGUUUUCGUGGCGAAUUUGAAUUUUGA